GAAAUCAAGAGCAGAUGUAUGUUAUUUGUCGCGUUAAAACAGUAACGGAGCAAGUUGUCAUGUCCUGGAGGUGCCUACGACUGUGUUUUUCUACCUACGCGGAGAGUUCGUUUAUUUUUAAUUGUUUACGCAGCGUAAUACAUUUUUAAAUACAAAACUCUGGACUUGCAAUUAUAGUAUAAUAAUGUUUAAUCAGAGACCUCGAGGAUGGCAACACUACUCAGAAGAAUCUGAGAGCGAAUCGCAUACUUUGCUGUCGUCAGGAGCAAGCGCAGCAAGCCAUUCCAGUUAUGGGCCGGCCUGCAUGUUCCCCGACUCGGAGACCAGCGACCAGGACAACCCCCGGCCCGCGCCCCCCGCCAUGCGCCCCGCCGCCGCGCCGCGGGUCUUCCAGCCCACCAGGCGGCCGUUCACGGGCGCGUCGACGCGGGCGGAGGCGGUGCGCCGCUCCCUGGACGAGCAGCUGGGGGACGUGACCUUGAACCGGCUCCAGUACUACAGCAAGCUGCGCGCGCACGCGGACCCGGCCAGCCGGGCGCUGGUGAUACCCGACCACGUGGUCCCGGCCUCGCUGUUCGUGGGCUACUGCUCGGGGCGCGAGGGGGAGGAGCCCAGCAGGAACUGCAGCCUCGUCACCAUCUUCUCGAUCUGGAACACCAUCAUGGGGUCGUCGCUGCUCGCCAUGCCGUGGGGGUUCGCGCAGUCGGGGCUGGCGGCGGGCCUAUUGGUGACUGCCCUAACCGCCGCGCUCUGCCUCUACACGGCGCUGCUGCUGCUGCGGGUCGACCAGCGGCAAGGCGCGGCGGGGGCCGGCGGCGAGGUGGCGGCCCUCUGCCGGCAGCUGCUGGGACCUCGCGCCGAGCGGGCGGCCCAGUUCUUCUCGCUGCUGGUGCUGCUGGGCGCCGACAUCGUGUACUGGGUGCUCAUGUCCAGCUUCCUCUUCCACUGCGUCGACUCCCUGCACGUGGCACUGUCCCAUACAACAGAUGUUCUGCUCUCUUCCAACCAGUCGGACCAGCCUUCAGUUCUGUGCCACCACAACCACACCGACUUGAGGGAGCAGCAGUCGGCAUCAACCUUCCGCGACCUGUGGGACCUGGACAGCACUGUCCCUGUCUACCUGGUCGUCAUCGUGGGUCCGCUCGUCAACUUCCGCUCCGCCAGCUUCUUCACCAAGUUCAAUUCCCUGGGAGCGCUGUCGGCGGUGUACCUGGUGGUGUACGUGCUGUGCAAGGGCGCCGGCUGGGGGCCGCACCUGGACCUGGACCCUGCCGACGGGCCGGGCUACGCCCCGCAGUUCCUGCCCACGUUCCCAGCGCUCUCGGGCAUGCUGGCCCUGUCCUUCUUCAUCCACAACAUCGUGGUCACCAUCAUGCACAGCAACCGCCACCAGGAGCACAACACGCGUGAUCUCUCCAUAGCAUACAUGCUUGUUACACUUACAUAUGUUCUUAUUGGCGCUGUCUUCUACAUAUGCUUUCCGCUGGCCAAGUCCUGCAUUAAAGACAACAUGCUGGACAACUUCCACAGCGCAGACACCAUGACGACGGUGGCUCGGGUGUUCCUGUUCUUCCAGCUCGUCACGGUUUUCCCGCUCAUCACCUACAUGCUGCGCACACAGUUCUUCGCCAUCUUCCUGCGCAAGUCGUGCCCCACCUUCGCGCACAUCUUGGCAUUCAACAUAGCCAUAGUGCUGGUGUGCGUGCUGUUCGCCAUAUACCUGCCUCGGAUAGGCACCAUCAUAAGGUUCACGGGUGCCACCAGUGGGCUGGUGUACGUGUUCACACUGCCUAGCUUGCUGCACCUAGCCUCCCAGAGGCAGCAUGGCAAAGCCACGUGGCUGUCGACAGCCCUGCACCUCGCCAUCCCUGUUGCCGGGGGCGCCAACUUGCUGGCGCAGUUCUUUGUCCACGACCUGUAGCAUCAGUCCAGCCAACCAUAGCGGCAACACACGAGAGACGUUGCAUGCUGGGUGCGCAGAUUGAGCAGACCAUAGCUGCACCACGGUGUGCUUGUGCACAAAACAGGAACAGUUCAAGAUGUUCUCCGACAAAUAGUGAUUAGUUUUAUAAAACUUUUUUCUAAAAAUAUAUACUUAAAAAAACAAUCUAAAUUAUUUGUUUAAGCUCUAUCUCAAUAACAUGAACAAAAAAAUUGUAAAUAAAUAUUUGAAAAUGCUGAAAAA